CUGUGAUGACAGUAGCAAGUCAAAUUCAUUUUUAAUCAAUUAACUUCGGAAAUCUUAUCUCAGUUUAGCCUGCAGACUCUCACUCAGGAUCAAAAGGCAGAUUAGGGGUGGAUUUAUCUUUGUUCUGUGUUCUUACAGGGUCAGAUGAUCUGAGAGCUGUGAAGCGGAGAAGUAGCAGUCCACUGUCCGAUGAUCUAAAACCUGUGAAGAAGAGAAGAAGCUUUGGAUAUCUGCCACCUCACAUGUCUGAGCUGAGAGUUGUUCUGCUGGGGAACAGCUGGUCUGAGAGGAGUUCAGUGGGGAACUUCAUCCUGAGAGAGACUCUGUUCAGCACUGAGGAAGAACCAGACCACUGUCAGAGCAUAAAAAGACAGUUAAAGGAGAAAGAAAUAGUUCUCAUUAACACUCCAGAUCUGCUGCAUCCCAACAUCUCUGAACACAAACUGACAGAACAUGUAGAAAACUGUGUGAGAGUCUCUGAUCCUGGACCUCAUGUGUUCCUGCUGGUUCUCCAGCCUGAAGACUUCACUGAGGAACAAAAAGUGAAGCUCUGUAGAGUCCUUGAAAAGUUCAGUGAUCAAUCAUGUGAUCAUUCUCUGGUUCUGAUAUCACCACCCAGAGAGGAGAGUUCAGCUUUCAUGGAUAAAGAUGAACCAGAGCAGCCCUUAAAAGACCUGAUCAGAAUGUGCAGAUACAGAUAUUUAAACCGGAAGAACCUUGGCCAUUUAGAGCUGUUAACACGUUUAGGUCAAACUGUAAAGGAAAAUUUGAUCAUGACACCAACGUUGAGAAACAACACACCAGCUCUAAACGUGGUUGUGUGUGGGAGGAGAGGAGCAGGGAAGACCUCAGCAGCCAAGGCCAUUUUAGGUCAGACAGAGCUUCAUUCAGUCUCCAGCUCAGAGUGUGUUAAACAUCAGGGAGAGGUGUGUGGACGUUGGGUUUCCCUGGUGGAGCUGCCUGCAUUGAAUGGAAAACCUCAGGAGGAAGUGAUGGAGGAAUCAUUCAGGUGUAUCUCCCUCUGUGAUCCUGAGGGCGUCCAUGCCUUCAUCCUGGUCCUUCCUGUGGGUCCCCUCACUGAUGAAGACAAGAAAGAGCUGGAGACCAUCCAGAACACUUUCAGCUCUCGAGUCAAUGACUUCACCAUGAUUCUGUUCACUGUGGAGUCAGAUCCUACAGCUCCAGCUGUUGAUAACUUUCUAAAGAAAAGCAAAGACAUCCAGGAGCUCAGUCAGAGCUGUGGAGGAAGACAGUUUGUCCUCAACAUCAGGGACCAGCAGCAGAUCCCAGAGCUGUUGGACAGUUUAGAAGGAAUGAAAUCAAGACCCAAGAAAGACAAACCAAGCUGCUACACUACAAAAACAUUUGCAUGUGCCCAAAUAGAAAAGAUCAUACCACAAGAGGCUGAACUGAAGGAUCCAAAAACUAAAGGCACAAUCAGCUGUGAUGAAGAGCAGCAGAGCCCAGAGAGUCUCAGGAUUGUGCUGAUAGGGAAGACCGGCUGUGGGAAGAGUUCUUCAGGAAACACCAUUCUAGGAAGAAAGGAGUUUACAGUUGAAUCAAGUCAAAUAUCAGUUACCAAAGAGUGUCAGAAAGCACAGAGUGAAGUGGACGGUCGUCCUGUUGUUGUGGUCGACACUCCUGGUCUGUUUGACACAACUUUGUCUCAUGAAGAGAUUAAUAAGGAGAUGGUGAAAUGCAUCAAUCUUCUGGCUCCAGGACCACAUGUCUUCCUGUUGGUGUUACACAUUGGCAGAUUCACUCCAGAGGAGAAGGAGGCAAUAAAACUGAUCAAGGAAGGUUUUGGGAAGAAUGCUGAAAAGUUCACCAUCAUUCUUUUCACUGGAGGAGAUUCACUGGAACGGGAGAAGCAGACUAUUGAGGAAUACAUUGACAAUAAAUGUGAUGAUUCCUUUAAGAAACUGAUUUCUGACUAUGGAGGAAGAUACCAUGUGUUUAAUAACUAUGAUGAACACAACAAGACACAAGUCAGUGAGCUGGUAACAAAGAUCGACACCAUGGUGAAGGAGAAAGGAGGCAGCUGCUUCAGCAAUGAGAUGCUGCAAGAGGCCGAGGCAGCGAUACAGAAAGAAGUGGAGAAAAUCCUGAAGGAGAAGGAAGAAGAGAUGCAGAGAGAGAGGGAGGAACUUCAGAGAAAACAUCAGAAAGAAAUGCAAGAGAUGGAAAGAAGAAUGAAAGAACAGAGAGAAAAGAUCGUAAAGAAGAGAAUACUGAGUGAAAAACAACAUCAAGAAAAGGAGGAAAACGUUAAAAAAGAAGAUGAGAAGAAAAAAAUAGAACAGGAGAGGAGAAAAGAAGAAGACAUGAGGAAAAAAAAAGAGGAAGAAAAACAACGACAGGACUGGAAUAAAAAAUUUGAAGAUUUGGGGCAAAAUAUUGACAGAAAACUGGAGGAGAGCAGAGAAGAGAUGAGAAAAGAACGAAGGGACUGGGAGAAGAUACAAAAAGAGUGGUGGAAGAAACGAGAAGAAGAAGAUGAACAGAGACGACAGGAGGAACAAACAAGACUGAAAAUGCUUCAAGAAGAAAAAGAACAGGAAAAAGAAAAAAAUGUGAAGAAAAGAGAAAAAGACAGACUCAGAAGAGAAAAAGAGGACAAAGAGAGAAAAGACACCAAGGACAACUAUGAGAAGAAAAUUAAGACUCUGGAGAAUAAAUAUAAAGAGGAGGCCAGAAAGAAAGCUGAAGAGUUCAAUGAAUUUAAAAAUAAAGCCACCAAAGAAUUUGCAGCUCAGGAGAAAAAGCAUCAGGAAGAAAUGAAGGACAAAGAUGAACAAUAUGACAUCUUAAAGGCACUGUCAGCCCACAAAGAACAACAAAUGAAGAAAAAACAACAACAUGAAAUGUAUGACUUACUGAAACAUUUGACCAAAAACAUAAAAAGUCUGUCACAAAUCAGAGAUUUACUGAAAGAGCAAGAACAAGAAAUGAAGCAGGAGAAAGAUGAAGAGAGAAAAAAGGACCUGCAGGAAAAACAUGAAGAAAAAAUAACCAAUUUGUUGCAGAAACCUUUGGAUGAAGACAGAUCAACACCUUGGGAAAAUUUGAGAAACUUGUUUCAUUUAGAUUAGUGAUGAUGUGGCAACAGCUUUUUGACAGGUUUUGAUCAGAGAUCUAAAAAAAAUGUGUCAGAUAAAGCCAAAAUUAAUACAAACACAGUGCA